CUCACAUUCAAUAUGAGAGAGGACUCUUAUUGUGAAGCAGAUUUUUACUCGUAUUCAGGAAGUUGGUGUUUGCGUGGUGUCGACAGCAAUUUGGCAAAUUGAACACAACUCUGUGAACGGCCUCAGUGACAGUAGGGGUUUUCGUUACACAGUUUCUACCCAGCUGGAAAUACCACCAAGAAAGGCCCAGAGAAGUGCAAGUAAAGGCCCAGCUGCUCCGAGUCCCCCCUGGGACGCCACAGCUCGCUCGCGCCAUGGAAUAAUCUGUGGGAUGUUUCCGCCACGACACGUGUAGCGUCGCUCUUGCUUUGCAUCGUGGAAGGAGUGUCAAGUGUUGCGCGGAUGUCGGGCUGCUGUGACACCCAGCUGCGGGGGGUUUAGCUCGUCGCUGCAGACCAUGAAGCAGCCAGGGAAGUGACCUCCGUGGACAGCGCAGCCUGAGGGUGCCCCUCACUGGCACCAUGGCAUCCAACGAGAGAAUGUACGAGGUCUGGAUGCUCUACUGCAACAAGAGGGAUCCAGACUACCUGAAGCUAUGGCUGGAGAUUUUUAUCAGCUCCUACGAGCGAGAUCUGGACGUGGAUUUCGAAAAGCCACCUUCCCGGCCAGAGGAGGUCCCCCCAGUGUUGUCUCUCCUCCCGGACAACAUCCUGCAGGUUUUGCGCCACCAGCUGCUGCAGUGCGUCCAGAAAGCCUCUGAUGGUCUGGAGCCCGAACAGCAAAACCUGGCUCUGCUGCUACUGAAGUUCCUCAUCAUCAUCUGCAGGAACCUGUCCAAUGUGGAGGAGAUCGGCACUUGCUCAUACAUCAAUCACAUCAUCACUAUGACAACACUGUAUAUUCAGCAGCUAAAGAGCAAGACCAAAGAAAAGGAGAUGGCAGACCAGAGCCAGGCGGAGGAGUUUGUCCGUCAUGCACUGGCUUUCUGUGAGAGCCUCUACGACCCGUACCACAACUGGAGGCAUCGGACCUGCGGGGAUCAGCUGGGUACAGUGGAGAGGAGCAGACAGAAGUACAAGGCAGCUCCACUCACGGUUGAGUUUGUUCCCUUCUUUUACCAGUGCUUCCAGGAGAGUGAGCACCUGAAGGAUAGCCUGAAGUGCUGCCUGUUGCACCUGUUUGGAGCCAUAGUAGCUGGUGAUCAGAGGAAUGCUCUGCUUGCCAUUUCUCCAGCCACCAUGGAGGUGUUGAUGCAGGUUCUGGCUGACUGCUCCAUGGGUAGCUGCCCUUCAGAUGAGGGUGAGGACUGGGACAGUGAGGCGCCAGAUCGUAAGGCACUGCUGACUCUGGGCUGUUUGCGGGAGGUUGUGCAGCGCCUCCUGGCCUCCAGCUCCGACCAGCGGCAAGUGGAAAUUGCCUCGGUGCUGGAAAACUACUUCAAGCUGCUCAACUCGGACCCUGCGGCUGUCGUUGCCGCCAGACAGCAGCAGCAGCAGCAGCAGCAGCAGCAGCAGCAGCAGCAGCAGCAGCAGCAGCAGCAGCAGCAGCAACAACAACAGCAACAACAACAGCAACAGCAAGGCAAGGCCCGAGUACCGUCACUGGGUCGUCAUUGGGAGAGCCGAUUCGUGGCGUUGCAAGUAAACAUGCUAGACACUAUCAGGGACAUGUUCCUGUGCUCAGACAGGCCAGUUCUUCAAGCCAUCUUCCUCAAUAGUAACUGUUUUGAGCAUCUGACACGACUUCUACAGAACAGCAAGCUGGUUAAUGCUAGGUGCACGGCGGCAGACAAGGACCAGAAAGAUAUAACCAACAACAGGUUACUGACAGGAGAGAGGGACACUCAGGUGUUUCAAGGACGACUCGACUCCCUAGCUGUAGCAACCAUCAAAGCCCUGACAACGGUGAUGCACAAAUCACCGGCUGCAAAGGAGGUUUUCAAGGAGAGGAUUGGUUAUAAUCACCUGUAUGAGGUCCUGGUCUCCCUCGGCCAACCAUCUCGACACCUUCUCAAAGAGCUUAUGAACAUGGCGGUGGAGGGAGAACACACCUCUGUCGGGCUCCUGGGCAUCAGUAAUGUGGAGCCCUUGCUGCUGCUGGUUCAGUGGCUUCCAGAUAUGGGCUCAUCAGAACUGCAGCUUUUUACAGCUGACUGGCUCCGCCGCCUCAGCUGCCUCAACCGGCAGACCCGCGCCACCUGCGUUAACGCCGCCAUGGUGGUGCGCGUGCUGGCUGCCUUGGAGCAGCACCAGCAGCUGCACCGAGCUUGCGCUGAGAGCCUGCUGGGCUUGGUGGGCUCACUGGGCUCUCAGUCCUUGAGCGCCACGGAGCUGCUGGGCCUUUUGCGGCUUCUCAGGCCUCUGGAGACCGGCCAAGCGCACCACUACGUGGGUCCCACCCUGAGGGCUCUCCUGGCCAUGGUGCGCAAACAGGGCCUGGAGAGCGCCAUGCAGUACUUUGACCUGUUACCUAGCAUGGCUGGUAUUGUGGUCCCAACAGUGCAGCGGUGGCCGGGCUCUGCUUUCAGCUUCCUCGCCUGGUUGUCGCUGGACCAAGACCAGUUGGGUUCUGUCAGCAAGGACAAGAGGAAGCAGCUCUACAGUUUCUUCACGCCAGGAGGGACUGGGUUUGAGGCGUUCAUCAGCUCAGAGGGUGUGUUGGUGGUGGCUGUAUGCACCAAGAAAGAGUAUGUCACGGUCAUGCUGCCUGACUACUGCUUCUGUGACUCUCUCUGGCACAGCAUUGGUGUGGUGCAUGUGCCAGGAAAACGGCCAUUUGGACAGAGUCUCGUCUACAUUUAUGUCGAUGGACAGCAAAAACUGUCGGCCCCCCUCAAGUAUGCCACCAUGACAGAGCCGUUCACCUCAUGUUGCAUCGGCUCAGCGGGCCACAGGACCACCACGCCCCCGCCCUCCCAGAUCCCAGACCCUCCCUUCUCUUCAACCACCACACCCACUACUCGCUCUUCACUGGGUGGCAUCCUGUCGCCCCACACCUGGGGGGGGCUGCUGGGGGGAAAGCCAGAGUCUGUGACUAAGCUGAUCUCAGCAGGAACCCAGGACAGCGAGUGGGGAAGUCCCACGUCCCUGCAGGGCCAGCUGGGAAGUGUCAUGGUGUUUCAUGAACCUCUGCAGCCCAACCACAUAAAAGCCAUCUGCAGCGCUGGUCCAAACUGCAUCUCUCCAUUUAAAGCCCAGGAAUCAGAUCUUGGAGACCUUUCUACUAAAUUGCUGCUUCACUACUCGCCUAAGGCAUGUAGGAACCCCAUCUGUCUAGAUCUCUCUCCAAACAUGUUGCACGGACGUCUUACUGGGAACAAAGUUAUCAACUGGGAUGUCAAGGAUGUAGUGAACUGCGUGGGCGGCCUGCCGGUGCUUUUACCUGUACUGGAGCAGUUAACCCUGCUGACCCCGGAUCAACAGGCUACUGAUCCUGCACCAGGGUCUGAUUUCAUCACGCCUGAUGUGACCACUCCAGCCGAUGGAGACUGGGUCAUUCUCCCAUCCAACAGGGCUUCAGAGGCUCGCCUAGAGAAAAAUCUGGCGGCCACCUUCCUGCUGGUGCUGAAGCAUUUCCUGCAGAGACACCAAAUCAACCAGGAGAAUCUGCUCCAUUCGCACUGCAUCGGCACACUCGGGGCCCUACUUCAGAAGCUGCCGGCGGGUCACGUGGAUGUCAGCGUGCUGGUUGCUGUGCAACUGCUGAUAGAGCAGGUGACAUAUGAGAAGAACCAGGCUCUGCUGCAGCAGAUUCACACACAUCUGCUGUUCAAUUUCAACAUCUGGAACAAAGGAGAUUUUCCUCUGCGCAUUGGUCACAUCCAGUACAUGUCCACCGUCAUCAAAGACAACAGGAAACAAUUCCGGAAAAAAUAUGGAGUUCAGUUUCUGUUGGACAUCAUACGCCUCUACUACGGGAAGAACAGUAAUAAGGAGAGUGACCUGAAUGAAGAUGACGUCCGUACAAUCCGGGCCUCCCUGAAUGGACUUGUCAAGUACUACAUCAGCAAGGGCAUGUCACAGGAGGAGAUGCAAAGCAUUCUGGGAUACAUCGCUGCCAUCGGAGAUGAGGAUCAGCUGUGUGGGCUGCUGGAGCUGUUGCUCAGCCUUCUUCAGAGCAGUCCCGCCAGGGACCAGCUCUUCCUACUCCUGUUUGAGCCAGGUGCGGCCGACUCCUGCUACGCUCUCCUGCUAAAUAACAAACACUCAGACCGACUCCGAGAACUGGUCUUCAAGUUGUUUGAGCGCAUGCUCCGCUGUGACCGCGUCUAUGAGAAGAACAAGCAGCGGUUGCGGCUGAGGGAGGCGGGUUAUUCCGGCUUAUCACUGCUCUUCUCUGAACUUCACAUCACUCCAACCCUGAUCCGCUGUCUCCUCAACCAGGUUCUCCACACAGAUCAAGUGGUGAACUACAAGGACCUGAUGGCUCUGGUACAGCUCACUCACAGAGCUGGGCCCAGCGUACGCCUCAUCGUCUGCAAGAGGGUGUACCAGCUGCUACAGUCCCAACAGGAUGCUGCCGCCCAGAUCUCAAAGCAGCAGUGUUGGCAGGACACCCUAAUGCGGCUGUACCUCCACGGAGAGGGGUCCUUGCUGCGAAAUGCAGACACUGUUAGCACCUGCAGCUUGGACCUCAACAAGUCCAGUUGCAGCAGCACUAACCGCUUGGAGCUGCCUCUGGAGAGAAGGGCUCGGGCCGGCAGCGCUGGCCGCCUCGACCGUCUAGAGGAUGACAGACUUAGCAUAGGGGAUACUCGCUCUGUAGACAGCCUGGAGAACGGUGAUGUCAUCUCGCUGCUGGAUACGCCGUCUUCCUCUACCUCCACCGAGCCCCAGCUCCAUAGCAAGCCAUGGGUGGUGGGAAAAUCUGGGGGCCUGACGCUGGAUCUGUCCCAUCUGCAGGCGUAUGAUGGUGUGGAGAGCGGCAGCCAAACGCCUGGGAGCGUUCCCAGCACACCAUCACCCCUGGAAAGCUCAAAGCCUUUCCCAGGAACCUCUGUGGAUCGAGAUGCCAACUCCUCCAUGACAGAAGACAGCUUCCUGCUCAGUGACAACAUCUCACUGGGAGAAUCUUUCAAUAAUGCAGAGCGGGCAGAGGAGGAACUGUGCAGCAUGCUGCUGGAGAUCCUGCUGUGUGUGAUGUGGCGAGGCGUUGAAGGUUCUGAUGACUCGGCGUGGCUGGAGCGUGGCCAGGUCUUCUCAGCUCUCACUAAGCUGGGAACUGCCAAUGAGCUGCUUCUCCCCGUAGACCAAAUCAAACUCAGCCUAAUGGAACGAAUGUUGGAGUGGGCGGUCAGCGAUAACAGGGAGGCCUCGGCUGCCACAUUGCCACAACACACAGAGAACGCGGUGCGGUUGUUACACAUGGUCCAAGACUUCCUGCAGGCAGAGGGUCUGGUUAAUCCAGCCCUGUGGACAGAGAAGGUGCUGGAAGAGACCGUGACGCUGAUGGACAGCCUCAUGGUGUGGUACUCUGCUGGCACCCAGUGGUUCCAGCUCUCCCAGGUUGGACUGCGACUGCUGCUGGGCUUCAUGGCUCAGAAGGACCCUCAGGUGUGUGCCAUGGCCACUGCCAAGCUGAAUGGCAUCCUACAGACCAAAGAAGUGUCCAGCCAGGAUGAAGCCUGCUACUUGCUAGGAAAGGUGGAGGGCAUCCUGCAGCGCUCCAUCCAGGAGCAAACUGAGGAAACCUACUCCUUCCUGGUCCCUCUGCUGCGAACGCUGCUCUCAAAAGUCCACCGGCUCCUGUACAUGGAGCUGCACCUCCCUCAGCUCCCCGACACCAACGGCAGCCCGUCCUUCUUUGAGGAUUUCCAGCUGUAUUGCAACACACCUGAGUGGCGCGUCUACCUCGACAAAUACAUUAUUCCAUAUAUGAAGCAGUAUGAAAUCGAAACCUUCAGUCGGGGCCAUGAGUCCAUGGCACUGUACUGGAAGGAGUGCUAUGAGGCCUUUAUGGUCAGCCUGCAUAAAAGAGAGAGAGAAAGGGGUGAGAGCAAGAUUCGCUUCCAGGAACAAUUCGUGGAGCCCUUUUCACGUCGCGGCCGUCAGGAGAACCUGCGCUACAACAGCAUGCUGAAGCAGCAGCACAGCCAGACCAGCGCCACGCUCAGGCAGUGGAAGGCAGCACGAAGGGGUCUGGUGUGUGAAAGGGGGCCCUGGGCUGAUAGACAGCAAGAUGAGAUGCACUGGAGAGUGUCCAGUGCUGAAAACUACUCUCGUAUGAGGCUGAAGCUGGUCCGGAAUUACAACUUUGACUCUCACAAAGAGGCCAGCGCUCUGAGAGACAACUUGGGUGUCCAUCAGCAGCGUGUAAAUGCAGAGUCUUUGCUGCUGGAAGCUGUGAAGCAGGUCAAAGUCAGCGACCUGGAAGACGACAUCCUGGAGCUGCCUGAGGACGAUCCAGCCUCUGCCAGCAACCAGGUUGAAGCAGAGGAGGCAGGUCAGAAGGAGAAACUGGUCUUGUGGGAGGACUGUGAGCUGGUGACGGUGGUGGACGUGGUGCCCGGGCGCUUGGAACUCACCACUCAGCACAUCUACUUUUACGACAGUAGUCAGGAGAAAGAGGAAGGAGUUGGCCACGACUUCAAAUGGCCGCUGUCUCAGAUCAGAGAGGUCCACCUGCGACGAUAUAACUUACGCCGCUCGGCUUUGGAGAUCUUCCUCAUUGACCAAACCAAUUACUUCCUUAACUUCAAAAAGGAGGCGAGGAACAAGGUUUACAGCCGCAUGUUACUGCUGCGAUCACUCAACCUUCAUGGAACCCGCUCACCGCAGGAGCUCCUGAAGGCCUCUGGACUCACACAGAAAUGGGUGAACCGGGAGAUUUCCAACUUCGACUACUUGAUGCAACUCAACACAAUUGCAGGCAGAACGUACAACAACCUGGCUCAGUACCCAGUGUUUCCUUGGAUUCUAGCCGACUACACUUCAGAAGAGCUCGACCUGUCUGAUCCUCGAGUGUUCAGGGACCUGUCAAAGCCAGUGGCUGUGCUCAACGAGCGCAACGCCAAGGCUGUUAGAGAGAAGUAUGAAAGUUUCGAGGACCCAACAGGCACUAUUGACAGGUUCCAUUAUGGCACCCACUACUCAAAUGCCGCCGGGGUGAUGCACUACCUGAUCAGAGUGGAGCCCUUCACCUCACUGCACAUCCAACUUCAGAGUGGACGGUUUGACUGUGCUGAUCGGCAGUUCCACUCCAUCCCAGCAACGUGGCAGACCCUCAUGGACAACCCUAAUGAUGUCAAGGAGCUCAUCCCUGAGUUCUUUUACUUCCCAGAGUUUCUUGAGAACCAGAAUGGCUUUGAUCUUGGCCGCCUGCAAAUCUCUAAAGAAAGAGUGAACGAUGUUGUUCUCCCUAAAUGGGCCAGGUCCCCCGAGGACUUCAUUUACAAACACCGCAAAGCUCUGGAGUCUGAGUAUGUGUCGGCACACCUUCACAACUGGAUCGAUCUGAUCUUUGGUUACAAGCAGAAGGGCCCUGCAGCAGUGGAGGCCCUCAACGUCUUCUAUUACUGCACAUAUGAGGGAGCCGUGGACCUGGAUGCCAUCACUGAUGAAAAGGAGCGAAAGGCUCUCGAGGGCAUGAUUAGCAACUUUGGACAGACACCAUGCCAGUUACUCAAGGAGCCACAUCCAGUGCGUUUGUCCCAGGAGGAAGUGGAGAAGAGACAGGCUCAGCUAGACUCGUGUCCUUUCAACAUGUUUGAACACCUGAGUGACCUCAAGUCUUUCUUUGUUGAGGGCAUCAGUGACAAUGUGCCGCUGGUUAAGGUUGUGGUGCCGAAGAAUCAGUCCCACUCCUUCAUCUCCCAGGGGAGCCCUGACACCCUGGUGACUGUGAGUCAAAACUGCCUAGUUGGGACCCAUGGGUGGCUGCCUUACAACAAGAAUAUCUCUAACUACUUCACCUUCAUCAAGGACCCCACCGUGUCCAACACCAAGACGCAGCGUCUACUUUCAGGACCUUUCGCCCCCGGCAUCGAGGUCACAGCAGGGCAGUUUGUGGUUUCUCACGAUGGCAAGUUGCUGUUCAGCGGAGGCCACUGGGACAACAGCAUCCGGGUCACCUCCCUGGUCAGGAGCAAAACUGUGGGUCAGCACAUCCGACACAUGGACAUUGUGACUUGCUUAGCAACAGACCACUGUGAUAUCCAUCUGAUCUCCGGCUCCAGAGACACGACCUGCAUGGUGUGGCAGGUCCUGCAGCAGGGUGGAGCUCCUGUGGGACUUCAUCCCAAGCCAGUUCAGGUGUUGUACGGUCACACAGAUGAGGUGGUGAGCGUCGUCAUCAGCACAGAGCUGGACAUGGCCGUGUCCGGCUCACGGGACGGCACAGUGAUCAUCCACACAGUGCGUCGAGGUCAGUACAUGCGCUGCCUGCGGCCGCCGUGCGACAGCUCUCUGCCGCUGUCCAUCCUCCACCUCGCUGUGUCCUGGGAGGGUCACCUGCUGGUCCACACCUGCCUAGAGGGCAAAGCAACGCUGAAGGAUAAAAACGCUCUGCAUCUCUACUCUGUGAAUGGGAAGCAUCUCUGCAGUGAGUCUCUGAAGGAGCAGGUGACUGACAUGUGUGUUUCAGGGGAGUAUGUCAUCAUCGGCAGCGAGCAGGGUUACCUGUCCAUCCGUGACCUCUACAGUUUGUCCCUGUGCACGGGACCCAUGGCCAUGCGCGUGCCUGUGCGCUGCGUCUCGGUCACCAAGGAGCAGAGUCACGUCCUCGUCGGCCUGGACGACGGCAAGCUGAUCAUCGUGGGCGUCGGCAAGCCGGCGGAGAUGCGUUCGGGCCAGAUAACGCGGAAGCUGUGGGGCUCCAGCAAGAGACUGACCCAGAUCUCCUCAGGGGAGACUGUCUACAACACCCAGCAGGACCCUGACUGACCCCCCUCAGUUCCUAAACCCUAAUAUGUCCCCCAUUUCCAUACACAUCCCACAUUCCCAUCACACCAUUCUAUUCAUACUCGGUCACCAGACUGGUUUCCUGUCUGUCCCUGUUCCACAGAGUAGUGGGUAGUGUGGUGGGCAGCUGUUGUGAAACAUAAGGGCAAAAAUACCACAGAAGUUGCACGUCCACGCGUGUGUCUGUUUUUGUGUGUGUACUCCUGCUUUUGGAUUCGGACCCACCUGGCGCUGGCGCUGGGGUUCACAUCCAGAAGUAGCGCCCGCCUCAGCUGCCACCACACCAGUACCAAACUCCACGGCUUUUCUUCGUAUUGCUCUAGUCAGCUAGUCGUCAUUUUGGCGCCGUGUUCCAGCGGGAGCCUGUUGACGGAGGCACUGUGCAUCACACGUUCUAGUUCUAAGUGGCCUUUUCGUCCCCUCUUACGUUGCCUUUGUUGCACACAGGCCCGAGAGUUUUCAUGGUUGCCUCACAAGCUGCCAUACAGCAGCCUUAUGCAGUCAGGUGGCUCCAUCGCUCAUGAGACCAAUCUCUCUGCCUUUUCUUCCGUGUUUUUCAAUGUGCAUGUGAUUUUUUAUUUUUUUUUAAUACUUUUGUGUGACAGAUAUAUGCAUGUGCCUGCCAUUUCAUCGUUUGCAUGGCAUUUUCUGUCCAUUUGCAAGAGAGGGACACAACAGCAGAAGAUGGCAGAUAUAGUUUUGUAAAACAUAAAGUACACACUAAAAACGGAAACACUACAGGCAUUACAGAGAUGACACUUUUAAAUCACACUUGUUUCCAUAAGUUAUCUAUUUUUAAGUUGCUUGAAUUCAUGUUUAUUUAUAUUAAAAAAGUAGCAUUUUUUUUAUCACAGAUUGUCUGUUUAUUCUAUAAACAAAAGUAUGACAUGUUUUAAAUUUAUGACCGUUCAGACACCUGUAAAAGAGGGAGAAGAAGGAAUCCUCAAGGGCUUUACGUGAUGUCAGUGUUAACAGCAAUAGAAUUUUUUGGAUGGCUGUCGAUGCUUUCUUGUUUUUCUGUCCAGUGUAGUGGCUCAGCCAAACCUUCAGUAUCUUCAGUCUUCCUCUUGCUCGUCAUUGCCUCAAACUAUCAUACUGUAUGUGCUUACUUUUACAAUUCACCAUCCAUGCUCAUUACUGAAGGACUGUUUGUGUGUGGUUGUGUGUGUGUGUGUGUGUGUGUGUGUGGUUGAGGCUUACUUUAUAAUAUCUGAAUCGCAUGAAUGCCACAAAUAGAGUUUGUGUGUAUGAGGAUGUCAUUCAUAUUUUUACACUGUGUGUGUGUGUGUGUGUGUGGGUGGACAUGCCAAUGAUACAUGUUUACUUUUUAUAACCAAAUUGUUGGUUUCAAAAUACAUGUGAACCAUAACAGCCCCUGGUUGUUUUGAUGUAAUCUUGGGUUCAGAUGUUGGACCCAGGCUUGCUGCAGUGGUUCCCUGUUGUUGUCAGUUUCAUAUUUCUUUUCUAAUUUGGUUUUAAUUUAAAUGUCUGUUGUCACCCAGAGAAAAGUUAGUGUCCUUCUCUGAGAGAUUUCAGUACAGGGUGCAUAUUUAUUUUGUCAUUUUUCCACAUUAGUCAUUCAGACUAACCACUGUUUGGGUUCUUACGUGGCUGCAACAAACUUGAGUGCCUUUAUUCCAGUGUGGUGUGAACACAGAGCUAGGAUUAUUUUCAUUACUGAAUCUUAUCAUCCGCCUAAAUCAAAUAAAAGCAGCAUUCCAGAAGUUAAACCUCCACAGUUUCGUGAGAAACCAAGAGGAGCAGAAUUGAAAAGUACUGUUUUGUGUCUUAGUUACAUUCUCUGUAAUUGUCACCAAAUGGACGUGUGUGUAUAUCUGUGAUUAUUUAUGAAUACAGUACGUAUGUAUGUAUAUACACACAUGUACUGUACAGCAUGAUUUUUAUUUCAGUGUAUUUGAAAUGUACUUUUGCACUUUCCAGGUACUAAAUUGUAACAAAUUGUUUUAACUUGGCUCCCUAAUCUGUACAAACUGCUUUGUAUACACAAGUGGGAAAUGAUCAUUAAAGUCUUGUCUAAAUUUAAA